AUGAAACAAAAUAGUCUUGUUUUAGUCUACGUUAAUAAGAAAUUUGAAUUCUCAGAUAUGACAAAGAAUGUAAAAGAAGACUACGCUUUCGAACAUUUUGUGAAAAAGCUUUGCCCAAAUGUUUGUAAUUUUGAUGAGUUUAAUAUGCUGAAAUUUAAGGACAAACAUGACUUACAACAAUAUCAACAUCUUAUUCAUCAUG